AUGGCUGCCGCUCACCGCCUUGAAGCUCUCCUUCCUUUCUGCCAGCCUCCGCCGCAGACAAAAAGGAAAAAUAUUCGUCCCCGCCAUCAAUCAGCCUGGAACAGCACCUAUCCAUUUCGAGCUUGCUUUCAGAUCCUCGAACCGCAAUCCGCCAUCUUAACAAAUGUGGAAGUGCUGGCACAUUUCAGUCUGAACCCACCACGCAGACCUCCCAAUCCACCGCCCAAUUCGAGAAAUUUUACCCCUAGUCCAGAUUUGAGGGAUCAUAAUACUGUUGUUAAAGAGUUCCAUGACUACGUAACCCGUCUGUCGCCCCAUCUCCUCAAUUACCCGAGCUUUAUCCCGCCGAAGCCGGCGGGUGACAACAACACCAACAAUAAUGAUAAGGAUGAUAAUGAUAAUAACGAAAAUAAUAAUACCAACCGCAACGGCAAUGGCAAUGGCAGUGAAAAUAUAACUACGACCUUUCUAUCUCAAACACAGCCGACAGCGCUCGACAAUGCCCUGCGGGAAAUAAUCAGUCGGUUCCGGCCGUUCCAACUUACGAAGGCGGAAGUGCUCAUGAUUGUGAAUCUGGGCAUAGGGUUGGGUGUGAGUGGCGAAACGGGGGACGGGGAAGGGGAGGAUGGCGUUACGACUGCCUCUGCUGUUACGGAGGAGAUGGUAGAUGGGAUGGAAGUUGACGGCGGUGCGAGUGGGCAACCAGGAAGAGAUGUAUAUGGAGGUAUUGAUGAGGAAGCUGACUACGGAGCGCUUGCGUUGCUGGAUACCGUUAUUGAGGAUCGCGAGGAGAGGUUGAGUACUGAGGAUGUUGGGGAGAUACUGAGGAUUGUUAGGGAGACGUUGGGGAAAAGGGGGAAGGGAAAAGGGGCGGGAACCAGGCCGUCAUUGCCUUCUUGUGUUGCUCUUUUCAAGAUUAAUGAUGAAUACCCAAAUGAUUCUCAACAUCCUUUAUAUAUGUUCAUGGACAUUUGUACGCAAACGAGGGAGGCAAGAUACCCUUAG